AUGGCCGCAGAGAAUAAAGCACAAGAAUACAUUUCACAGCUUUCUCAAAUCGAAAAGAAAGUCGCAUUUCUUCUACGAGAGUCUGGGCUGGCUAUACAGGCGUUGAAUGGACGUCCUAAACCCUAUGCAACGCCCAAUGGUGUAGCAAGCGAAGACAUGGAAACGGAGGAGACUAUGAAAGAAGAAGACGUAGAGAUGGGCGACGCCGACGACCUAACCCCCGCCGAACGCAAAAAGCGUGAUUUCGUACGGCAUUCAUCCCGGUAUAUGGAAUUACUAGAGGACAUCUCCAAGUCACUCCGCGAACAAGUGCAGAAACUGGAAGAAGAGGAGAUACCACCAGCGACGUCACAGGUUGGCGUGAGGAGUAUGUAUGCGGCAAGGUUGAAGGAGGAGGAGAUUUGGAGGAGGGGUGGGGAGGUUUUGGCGGGGAUUGUGGAGAGGAGGGUAGGGAAGGAGAAUACGGAGGGAGGGGAGGUGUGA